UCUUACACACUGACUGCAUAUAGUGCCUCUGUAGCUAGCUUUUUCGUGCAACACAGCUAGAACUUAUACAUUUUUUAUAUCACACAGUUAUAAGUAUGCUUAUUCGGAUUCAUGAAUUCGAAUUAAAAGAAUAAUUAUGUAUAAGAUUUUAAUAUGUAAUUAUUAAUGCCGAUACAUAUCUACUUAUGAAUAGUUGCUACUAUAAUACCAUUUACAAGCUUCAACAUUUAUCACGUUUUAAGACUGAAAAUUUCAGAUCUACAUAAUUUUAUAUUACAUAGAUUUUCACUUUUCUCCAAUAGGAAACGAGAUUCAAAUCCUGGACAGACGUAGAUUAGGUCAUUUGGUAAAUUCUGAAUCAAAUUCAGGAUCACAAAUGCUGUCUUUAAAUAAACUAUCGGGAACUGUCAAUCGGUUGUGUAGAAAUUAUUUGAGUAGAUCUUUAACCUCAAUAUCGAAUGAAAAUGCAGAGGUUAAAGAACAAAAAGAAAAGAAUAUUUUAACAGACCACUAUAAUGGUGUGGCUAUUAUUAGUAUAAAUCGUCCUGACAAAAAAAAUUGUUUGGAUGUUGCUACUACGCAAGAAUUAGUAGAAGAAUUAGAUAAAUUUGACAAUGAUGAAAAGUCUGUCGUUGGCGUGCUUCAUGGAGUCGGAGGUAAUUUUUGUGGUGGCUAUGACUUGAAAGAAAUUGCACAAUACAAUGGAACGAAUGAAGAAAUUUUACCUCAAUUUGGACCAUUGGGUGAUAAAAUUGAACUAUGUAAAAAGCCAUUAAUUGCAGCCAUAAAUGGUUAUGCAGUCGGAGUAGGAUUUGAACUUGCUUUAAUGUGUGAUUUAAGGGUAAUGGAGGAAAGUGCAGUAAUGGGAUUUCUAAAUAGGCGUUAUGGCAUUCCUAUAUUGUGUGGUGGUACUGUUCGUUUGCCAGCUUUGAUCGGCUAUUCAAGAGCAAUGGAAGUCAUUUUAACUGGUCGUGCUAUUUUUGCAAAAGAAGCAUUUAAUUGGGGUUUAGCUAAUCGAUACACAGUUCCUGGUGCAGUCAUAGGCACUGCAGUUAAUUUAGCUAAAUCAUUAGUUAAAUUUCCUCAAAAAGUAAUGCUCGCAGAUCGUGCAUCAGCAAAUUAUGCUACAUUUUCUGCUAAACAAUUAGAAGAGGCUUUACAAUUUGAAAAGAAUAAUAGUUCUCAUCUACUAUUCGAGGAUGGCGUGAAUGGGGCAAAACGAUUCGUAGCAGAAGGAUUAGGAAAACAUGGAAAGUUCUAUGAUAUAACUCCACAAGAUAUGACUAUCGAUGAACUUGAUAAAAACCUUUUGUGAAAAAUUGUCUUACUUUAUGUAAAUAUCAUUAUUUUAUAUAUAAAGAUUUAAAAUAUAUGUUCAAUAUAAUUUUAUUAGUUUAUUAUAACUAGUUGUGUGGAAUCUUAUUUUUGUUGUUGUUUUUCUUUACUGUAGAUUUAACAGAAGGUGCCGUCUUGUUUGUAAUUUGAGUUUUUAAUAUUAUGUCUGUGCAUUUUUUUGCAUCCUUUCCACUCAGAAGUGGCAAGAAAUUUACGAUCUUACCAUCUGUGUCCUCUGUGAAUGAGAUAUUUAAGUUAAAUAGUAUUUUGAGUAAGGAUGCUAUACUUACGUUCAUACAUGACUAUCAAGUAAGUUAAACCUGCUUGGAAGAUGCUCAAACCAGAAGCAUGAGGCUCAUAGAGUGAAACGUUUUUUAGACGACAAUGAUCUUCAUCACAUAAGUCGAAUUCAUCUGGUAGUAUUUAUAUUAUUGUAUUGCCACAGCAAAAAUAGUUUGAGACUUUUAUCUCA